GAUUGGCCAUUUUGGAAUCUCGGAAGAAACUUGCUUUCAAUAUUUUGACAAGUAACCAGCUUUUAUAUUUAUACUAGAAUGACUAUCAAUUUUUGUUAUAAUUUGUAUUCAUUUCGGUAUAUUUUUAAGCUGUCUUACUAAUUUUCAACACGUAGAUCCACCCAAAGAAAGAGAUAUCGUGGUAUGAUUCAUGCAGGCAUAGGAGAAACCCAGCUGAAUAAUUUGCUAGCUGCCAUGAAUGUCCAUUGUCCUCAUCAUAAGUCACUAAAGUCAAGAGAAAAUGAAGUUGGAGACAUAAUAGAGUGUCAGGCAAAUGCUUCAGAAAGGAAGUUUUUACUUGACGAAGCUUUCCAGUCAAUGACCAUUGAUGCAGAAGGUAAUGAACAAGCAGGUAUUAAUGCAUCCACAGACACUUGUUGGCAGAAGAAAGGUUCUGGAAGGGCUUACAAUAGUUUGUCAGGUGUGGCAUCACUGAUAGGGGAAAAAACAGGGAAAAUUGUGCAUCACACCCUCAGAAUAUCCAGCUGCCGUAUAUGUCGGAAUGCACAAAAGAAGGGAAGACCACCUAUACCACACAAUUGUAAAAAAAACUGGUCAGGGACAGCAAAGGGCAAGGAACCAGACAUGGUAGUACAGUUGGUGAAGGAUGUACAUGAAAAAAAUAUUGAAAUUAAUGAACUGGCAGGUGAUGAUGAUUCUGUUGGGUUUGACAGGGCAAAGAAACUUCUUCCAAAUUCUAAAAUGAUAAAAACCACCUAA